GACCCUCGCUCCCGCCGCACAACAUUAAUGCUCUGACAAGAUGCAAUAGCCAAGCCCUGCACGAAUGGGAUUGUUUGACGCUUGCUUUCGAGGCUGCGCGGGCAGCGACCCGUCAGAACGGAGCAGCAAAGGGCCGCGAAGAUGUCGGAGUGGCCUAUCAGCAAGCGGUGCUGGGGCUGUGCCGCCCCCUGUCAUGGAGAGCUGCGCGCUGGGCGACGACCUCACAAACACAGGACCAGUGCGGGUUCUGUCAUCAAGCUCAGAGCGCCCCUGGCGCGUUGCUAUGCCCGAGGACCAGCCUGUGCUGACGAACAUAGGUGCAGGGGCUCUGACGUCCCUAACCUUCCUCGGUGGUGGUGCCUAUGGAAGCGUGGAGCUGUGCAGAGUGUCAGUGCCACUGGUGCAGGGAGCGGUGGGCCUGGACACGGACCCAACGGAGGAGCUCGACCCAGCGGAGCUUGCGGACGCGCCGCUGACGGGCCGCUCCUCGUGCCCGGACACGCCGCCUGCCAUGCAGCGUGCGCCUUCAUCAAACACGCUUGAUGUGUAUCGCCGCCAACGCGUUUCAGGACGCGCUUCAUCGCCAGCUUGCGCCAGCCCCACGGGCUCAGGCCGCCUACCCGAGCUGCUGCCCCCACAAUCAGCCGUGUCGCCGGUCAGUCCCCUCGUUCGUGCCGGCACUGGUGGGGCUGGGGCCCCGCCGCUUCAGACGUCUGGAUCAGGCACGCCAGUCGGCGCCAGCCCCCGCCAGCCCACCGCGUCCAGCUCUCCUGGGGCAGAGCUGGUUGUGGCCGUGAAGCGCAUUGACUACUGCGGUAGCAGCAAACAGCAGCAGGGUGGCGGCAGCAAACCGCGCGGCCCCAGCAAAGUGCGGCUCAGCCGCAUGCAGGCUAUUGAAAUGCUGCAGCUUUCCAGGUGCCGAGACUGCCCAUUCAUCGUGCGCCUGUUUGGGUGCGUCCCCGACGACCCGCGCGCCUCCAUGCCGGCACCCAGUGAGGUACCUGCGUCAGCAGACUGCACGUCGGCGGGGAACAGCCGGCGGCAGCGGCGCCUGAGCUCACCGGCUGGCGCAGCCCCAGCACCGUCCUCGUCUUCAUCGGCCACCUCAUGCCGCAUCGUGAUGGAGUGGGCGGAGGGCGGCGACCUGGGGUCCUUCGUGCAGGGGCUAGCGGCACGGCGUGGCCCUUGCUCCGACCCCGCCCGCGAGCGGCUGCUCAUGGGUGAGGCCAGUGCCAAGUACUACUUGGCCUGCCUGCUGGAGGCGCUUGGGUACCUGCACGGGCGCAGCUUGCUACACCGUGACGUGAAACCUUCCAACCUGCUGCUGGCCUCGGAUGGGCGGGCUAAGCUUGGCGAUUUGGGAAUGACAUGUCACCUCGACAGAACGGGACUUGCGGCGGGCCGGGCCGGCACGCCCAACUUCAUGGCGCCUGAGGUGUGGGCGUUCGGCACGACCUCCAAGCUCAACAAGGGCUACGGCGUCACGGCGGACCUGUGGAGCGCAGGCGUUGUGCUGCACGAGCUGCUGACGGGGCACCUCCCCGAGUCGCACCCGGAUGAGUACCUGCGCCCCAACUGGCGCUUCAAGCCGCACUACUGCAGCGCCCUGUUCUCCCCCGAGCUGCGCGACCUGCUGGGGCGGCUGCUUGCAUUCAAGCCGCGCCGGCGACCGCAGUCGUGCGAGGAGGUGCGGGCGCACCCCUGGUUUUCCGGCUUUGACUGGCAGGGCCUGCGCGACGGCACCCUGCCGGCGCCGUACGUGCCGGCGGCGCACCGACCACAGUCUGUGGCAGCGCAGGCGCUUAGCGGCCGGCUGCGGCAGUCCUGGCCGUCGCGCGCGCCGUCUGGCGGCUCGGGUUCGGCGGCCAUGAUGGGCGGCAUGCCACCCGUGCUGGAGGAGUGCGGGCCGCCGGCCACGAGCGCUGGUGGCGCUGCGCCGGAUGCUGGGUCAUCGCCAAAUAAGGGCGGCGGCGGCACUAGCGCUGGAGACAGUGGGCCUGGCGACAACUCAGCCGCAGUCUUUCAGCCAGUGCUGCGCAGCACCGCAGGCCACACGCAGUCGGGGCAGCAGACGGCGGGCAACAAGCGGUACAAUGCCAGCUCGUUGCGCGGCAUGUCCCCGUCUCGAGCGAGUUUGGGGGCGCUGUGCGAUGAGGAGUCGUUGCCGAUUCCACCUUCGCCGCAACAAGCAUGGGCCCCAGCGUGGAUACGCAACUUGACCUCGCGCGCCGGCGCGGCGGUGGCCUCUUUCCCGGGCGGCUCCGCGGCGCCCGGCCCUGACGGCCCGCAGCUGUGCGGAGACAGCAGCUACGACCCCGGCGCGUCCCCGGCCACUAGCCGGCGCCCGAGCCUAAGCGACAGGAGUCUGGGCUCCAUGACCUGCAGCCCCGGUCCCAGCUCCGCUCGUGACGCGCGGCCUGCGGAGUGGCAGCCGGGCUCGGUGGCGCCACAGCUCACGCCUUCGCGCUCCCGCCUGUCGUUGCUUGGUGGCGAGACAACCCACCUCCGUAGCUCCUACGGCGCCGCAGCCAACGCGCCACUGAGUGGCGCCGGUGCCUUGCCACCCAGGUACAGGCCAGGGCCGGUCAGCCUGCCGCAGCCUCCCUCAGGUCACAACAGCGAGUCCGCUUGCGUCACAGGGCGAACGCCUUCCGCAGUCAGCUCGUCAGCCGUCGGUGGCUCCAGCAGCAUCGAGUUCAACGGCAAGGGCCUGUGGCGCAGCACUGGCCUGCCUGUCUCCCAAGGCCCCUCGCAGCAGCAGCAGCAGCAGCCCACCAUGUCCGUAUCGGCAGCGGGCGGCCAGGGUGGCGAUCGGGGCGUGUCAGUGCCUGCCGCCCUGCACAACGCAGUGGCGGGCUUCCUGCUGGCCUGCAGCCCCAUGGCCACGGCCGCUCAGCGGCAUCCGGACUCGGUGGCGGCUCCUGGCCAGUCCACGCUCAGGGACUCAGUGGGGCCCUGGGUUGGAGAUGCCGAGGCCGACGCCGUUAGGCGCGGCUCUGUGACGUGCGAUUCGGCACCAUCGGGGGCAAUGUGUGCCGCGUCCUGGAACGGGCCAACCAAGGGCACUGUGGCCGCGCACGAUCUGCGGGACAGCAAGGGCCGGUGGCUGGAGCGGCCUAUGGCAGCCAUGGACGCUCUGCUGGCCCUGCCGGCACAGUUGCAGGACGCUGCGGUCGUGGCGGCUGCGGCGAUGGGCUUCGCUGCUAGGCGGCCACGCAUCUCGCCGGCACCUAUGCGAGACGUCCAGCACUCCGCGCCGGCAAGCCCAGGAGGCCUGGGUUCCGGCAACAGCAACCUUGCCAGUGGCAGGUCUUACCCUAACACCCCGGCAGCGGUCCCCUCGUGCGGCGACUGCCCGCUGACUGCCGAUGCGCUUGCGGCGGGGGCGGGUGGCGGUGCGACACCGGUGGCGGAUGUGCUGGACUAUUUGAGCACAGACCAGACAGGCUCGGGCGUUGUCGUCAUCACGCGCGCCUCGCCGUGCUUCAGCUCAUCCUCAGCGGGGGCAUCCCCGGCGAAGCAGAUUGCUACAGCCGCAAAGCAGCCAGCAGCCACGCCAACCGACUGCGGUAGCGAGUCAGCUUUCGCUGUCGCAGCAGUGGAGGGGGCCGUCGCGGCUGCUGCCAACGAGGCCUCGGGCGCGAUCACACCGGGGUCCCGGCCACUGCACCGCCCCACCAACUCCUUCGCAUUCGAUCCAGCCAGCACGGCUACUGGCAGCCCCCAGCACCAGCAGCACCAAAUGACCCUGAUGUCGCCCACGGACGCAAACCACUCGCUGCUGGGCGCCGGCGCCAGCGGCGGCCACAGCCGCAUGAAGAGCUUCAGCUUCGACGUGGCCUCCCUGUCGGUGGGCGGCAACUCGGGCAGCCCGGGCGUCAUUGCGGGCGGCCCGCUGAUGCACGGCGCGGAGGGCGGCGCAGUGGCGGCGCAUGCGCACCGCCAUGUGCCCAUGGGCGCAAUUGAGGAGGGCGAGCCUUCGCCCGCGUCCUCCUCGUCGCCGUUGAUGGCAAGCCCCGCGGGUGUGCAGGCUGAGGUGGCAGAGAAGGGUGGCGGCGGCGCGGCCGUGGGCUUGCGCCGCCGGUCGUGUCGCGGCCCAUUGCUCCGGCGCCCGCCCUGGGCCACGGAUGAUGUUGGGGCCAUGGCCGCCGAUUGCUGCGGCCAGCAGCAGCAACGGCUGCAGGCGGCGGACCUGGCGCCCAUGUACGGGUUGCUGAUGGCGCUCGUGCUUGCCGCGUACCUGGUGCGCGGUAUCAGCCUCAUGACCUGAGGCCAUGUAGGAUAUAGGCAGUACCGGUACGUAUUAGAGCGGCGCGAGCAGCAUAUGCAGUAUAUGGUGAGUUAAGCAGGCAAGCGAUAGACGCGGAGCGGAGAGUAUAGAGUUCAUGGCACAUGUAUGAACAAAGCGAAUGCAGGCGCAGUUGCUCAUGCAGUAGCAGUAUCUACUUGGCUGUGCCCCAGGAGGUUGUAGUUGUGCAUUCAUGAGCCUUAAGAAACAAUGAAGGGAUUCAUCUCCUCCAUAUUUAUGAUGUGAUGGGUGCGGUGUGCAUUUUCACACAGUGUAGAGGCAAAAGAGAACGGGUGCUCACAUGAUUGCAACCUAGGUUGGGAUGACUUCUUACUACAUCGCAUAAUAAGCGAGCGAAUUCGUAGCUAGCGUCGCUGCCUAGCUUGACUGUGGGUGUCGCGUCCAUGCGGCCAGGAACAGCCGGCCGGUCCACCAUGCAGUUUAAUUCCGCAAUGGCGGCUCGUCCGCCUCACCGCUACGCUAUUGAGUGCAAUAACACCGCCUUCCGGCCCGUGUUACCCUACUUCCGCAACUGUUCUUGUCCCUCCCGUCUCAUGUUCGCUCGCCUCC